AUGUCGUCCGCCCCUCAGAUGAAUGCUUUUCAUGGGGAGGAUCCAACUUCGCUAGCUUUUCAGAAAGAGCUCCUCCAAUUGGCACCCUUUUAUACACUAAAAGAUCUACAUAGUGAUGACCAUUCUUCGGCCAACACUUUGCUACGCGAAACAAGCACUGCUCAUCAGCAAGAUGGCGCAUUCGAGGGGAAAGACGUAGAAGAUACUCGUGAUCAGUCCACAAUGCGAUCGUUCCUCGACCUUAGCCUGACCCAAAGUACACUACACGGCACCAGAGAGUCAUUCAAAAUAACAGAUGUGAAGUGGCGCUCUAUGUACCCAAUGGUACAUCCGCGGUUUGGAAACUUCAAGUUCGUCUACUCUCUACCAUUUGGAUUCAUUGACUAUGAAUCUUGCUUCUGGGGCCAAGGCAAUACUAACAUCAUGUCAAGUAUUGUAAAUUACCCGCGUCAGCGUUCGUCAUGGUUGCAUGUGCUCCCAAAGGUCUCAACCAGAGGCGAGAGCGAAAGCGAGAUUAUCGAAAAUUCUGAUGGUCAAAUCAUACAAUCCAGUACCAAUUACUCCACAGACAGAGCAUCUAGUGCCCUGCCAGACUCCACAAUAAUCACACAGCCCGAAAUCUCAGACUCUCCAAAGAAGACGGUGUAUAUCCCACCCCACAAGAGGGGCGGCUUUGAUGCUGCACACUCCCGAGCGCAAUCCGAGUCCUCUGUUCCCGCAACCAAGAAUGCUAUGUCGGGUAGAGAUAAAAAGAAACAUCAGUCUCUCGAUGUGACACCUUGGCAGACAAAUCCAAAUGUGGCCAGACGAACAUUUACUAGCAGCGUCUACACACUACAUUCAGGUCUCCCAACGCUGCCAGGCUCAUUGCCCGCUGCCGCCACCGGAUCUACCACGCAAACUCUUCAAGGCAAAAAGCUAUCUGACCAAUCAAAAUACAAGGGAACAGGUCUGGGCACCAAGGCAAUAAAGGAUCUUGCGGACAAUCUCAACUGCUCGGUAUUCGUCACUCACCUCCCCGAAGAAAUCAAGCAUCACGAGAUCUUUGCCGUUAUAAACACCGGCUCCGUAAUCUCCCUUCAUAUAAUGGGUCCCGUUGUAGGAUGUCCUUUCUCCGCUGCGAAAAUCGUCUUCAAGUACCCCGAAGGUGCUGCUCGAUUCAUCGCAAAAGUCAAUAAUAGCCCAGAUGGUAUCGCGAUUCGAGAUCAUCAUUUUUGCGUCGUGUACAAUGAUCACGGUAUGGUUAAACACACUCCAGAACAUCAAAGUCGCGUCAUUCAUAUCGAAGGACCUUAUAAUAAGAUGACUGAGGAGUUUUGGAGAACAUAA